UCGUUCCGGGUUCAAAGUCUACAACGAAUGGUUUUCGAGUAAUCGUGGUUUAGUUAUCCUGAAACAUUUGAAGUGAACGGAAUGAUUGCCUUUUUAAUGCGUUUUCUUUGGUCCUUUGCCCUGCUACAGUGCAUCCAGGCUAAAGUCGCGUUGAGACCUCUUUUCUACGGUCAGGAUAGUGCUGUCAUAGUGGAUACGUAUAGAAAAUUCCCGCCCAGGUUGGACUCCAAGCUUCAGAAUGCCUUGUACUACAACAUGCCAGUUUAUAAGCUAAUCAAGCCUGGCUUGCCAACCAAAACCACGACGACGACGACGAGCACUACUGCGGCUCCAAGUCCAGGCUAUCCCGCUGAUCUGCUGGACAUAGCUCACAACAAACUGGGCCUAAAGGAUCUGCCGAGCAUUGAGGAGCUGGGCGAGAUGAUUGGCACGGAUAAUGCCAGGGAGACCAUUGACUAUAUACGCACUCUGACCGGCACUGAUGAGGGUCUAGCCCUGAUGAAACAGUAUCUGGACGCUCUACAUUUUGAGCAGGCGGAGGAGAAUGUGGCGGAGGAGAAUGUGGCUGAGGAGAAGGAGGAGGACGACAAUGGAGACAAUGGUGACGACGACGACGACGACGAUAACAACAUGGCCAAUGUUAGUUAUGAUGAGCUGCCCCAGGAAAAGUCAACUGCCGUAGUGGCCAGCCCGGAAGGAAGCCUAAUGCAACGCGUGGGAGACUUUAUGAAGCAGUAUAACCUGUGGUCAGGCCAGGUCACCACUACGACGACUCCUGCUCCGGUCAUCGCUCCUCCAGCCCGUUCGUUUCUGCCCGUUUUUGUACCUCCUCCGUCGGGCUUGAAACCGAUGCGUCCCAUCCUGGUGAGGCAACCCCUUCCAUAUCACUAUCCCAUUCCCCUGCGACCCGUUGCACUGCCCACCGUAAAGACCACUCAAGUGCCCAGCACCACACGGGCACCCCAUCCACAUCUGAACACUCCGAAGCAGCAAGAGGAUGCGGAAAUCAAGUACUCAACCCUGCCGCCGCACAUCCAGCAGUUCGCCAAGUUGGCCAACAUCUCACCCGAGGUCGUGGAACGCUUCCUGGAGCGACAGCCCAAGCUGGCGGAACUGGCCAAACGGCUGAGCACCCUGGCCCUCAGCCCGGAACAAACACAGGCCAUGGACUCCCAGGUUAUCAGGGCCGUCCAGAAUGCGCUGACCAAGAACGAUGAUCUACAGCGACUGAUCGAGGCGUCCCAGGCACUUAAAUAGACCAAAUGUGUACCUAGUAUUAAUAUCAUUUCAAAGAAAAUAAACUCCCUCUAAAUCAA